AGCGCGGGGCGGGAGGGCGCGCGAGCGUCUUCGCCAGCAUCUGCCGCGGCCGCAUUUGCCCGAAACCUGGGGACAGACCUCGGAAUCGACCGCCUGGCGCACGGACGUUCGGCGCUCGCCGAGUGGACGCAGCCGGCUUCGGGAGGCUCGGGCUUUGCAGAGCACGGCUUGUCUCGCCUGCUCGCCACUAUCCUCGGCUCAGACGGCCUGGGCGAGUGAGCUAGCUAGAGGUUGCGGGAGCCGCUCUCUUCCUGCUGGUCGCCGCGCGGCUUUGGCCGGGCCGCCCGCGCCGUGGCCCCGAGCCCCCCUUGCUCUCAGUCUCCAAGUAACGGUGUGCCAGGACUCCAAAGUCGGGUAUCCGGGGCAAGUGUCUUCAUGAACCCAGAGGAUGUCCGGGAAGCACUACAAGGGUCCUGAAGUCAGUUGUUGCAUCAAAUACUUCAUUUUCGGCUUCAAUGUCAUAUUCUGGUUUCUGGGGAUAACGUUUCUUGGAAUUGGACUGUGGGCGUGGAAUGAAAAGGGAGUCCUGUCCAACAUCUCUUCCAUCACUGAUCUUGGUGGCUUUGAUCCAGUGUGGCUCUUCCUCGUGGUGGGCGGAGUGAUGUUCAUUUUAGGAUUUGCAGGGUGCAUUGGAGCACUACGGGAAAACACAUUCCUUCUCAAGUUUUUUUCUGUGUUCCUGGGAAUUAUUUUCUUCCUGGAGCUUACUGCUGGGGUCCUGGCAUUUGUUUUCAAAGACUGGAUCAAAGACCAGCUGUAUUUCUUUAUAAACAACAACAUCAGAGCGUACAGAGAUGACAUUGAUUUGCAAAACCUCAUAGACUUCACCCAGGAAUAUUGGCAGUGCUGUGGGGCUUUUGGAGCUGAUGAUUGGAACCUAAAUAUUUACUUCAAUUGCACAGAUUCCAAUGCAAGUCGAGAGCGAUGCGGCGUGCCCUUCUCCUGCUGCACUAAAGACCCAGCAGAAGAUGUCAUCAACACUCAAUGUGGCUAUGAUGCCAGGCAAAAACCAGAAGUUGACCAGCAGAUUGUAAUCUACACAAAAGGCUGUGUGCCCCAGUUUGAGAAGUGGUUACAGGACAAUUUAACCAUCGUGGCUGGCAUAUUCAUAGGCAUUGCAUUGCUGCAGAUUUUUGGGAUAUGCCUGGCCCAGAAUUUGGUUAGUGACAUCGAAGCUGUCAGGGCCAGUUGGUGAGCCCCUUGCCAUAGCCCUGUAAGACACUGGACACACCCAGCCUUCACCACCUUCCCACGUGCACGGACCGAGUGCAGAGGCCUCCUGCCGCCCACCUGAUGGAGCUGCCGAGAACUUGCUUCGUGGGGGUGAACCUGGGCAAUGCUGCUCCCUGAUGGAAUUUUUUUAAACAAAUCACCAGUAUGAAAGUUGUUGCGCCGUGAAUCUCUACUGUAGCCAUGCGUUUAUGGAUGGUUGGAUGCCUACCAAAAAAGCCAAGUGGGGAGUGGGGCAGGUGGGAUGGAAGCUGUGGAAGGCACUCUGUCUUGUCCUCUGCUGCACUAACUGGAGGGCCAGGAGAAGAGGUUCUGCCCAUUCCAUCCUCAAGAGACUGAGGGACCAUCUUCUGUCCCGGAGCCUGAAGAAGCUCAGCUAUUUGGACAUGCAGCCUCCUGCUUGGGAAGACAGUGGCUUUUUGGCAUGCCACCACACCCAUUUCACAAAGCUGAAGAGAAAACAUCUUGUGUUUACACAUCUUUUAAUCACAUCCAACAAGCGACUUGGGUGGACGCCCUUGCCCCAUCUACUUAUCAACAAGGUGGUGUGUCCUGUGGGCAUGAGCAGGUGUGUCGGAAAACUCGGCGAUGCUGUAUUUUAGCAGGACUGAGCUUGUUUUUUCCCAGUAGGAUUGAGCUUUAUUUAUCCAUGAAACCCAAGGAGAAAAUGAGGUUAAUGAGAGGCAUUAGUGAAAUACUCCUUACCACCAAAUCUGUGGUUGGAUUCUCCAGAAAUUCUCAAAUACUCUGGGUUGUCUGAUUGUUCUGUUUUGUGUUUUUUGUCUUCCAAAGGUGAAAGCUAUGAGAGAGUUCCUCUUACAUUCUAAAGUGUUGUCUUACUCAGUUGGAUUUUUUUUGAGGGGUGGUGGGGGGGGAUGAUCCUGAACUGCAUGACCUUUGAAUCUGAACCCGCCUUCUCCCUUUCCUGUCAUCUUGCCUGCAGAGCGUUGGAGCUGUCACUGUGCAUCAAUUGCAUAGGCUCACUGCCUUGUGAGGGUGUGGGGAGGCAUGCCAGCCCAGCUGGGAAGUGACUGGCUGCUCCUUCACAGAUACUUCCAUGGACUGAGGGUCCAUCCAAGCAGCCUCUUUUGCACCUUCCCCUUCCUCCUCUUUGAAUGCAGUUGAACCCAGUUCCAAAAUAGCUGUCGACACCAUCAAACACCUUCCAACGGGGGAUUCUUCUUGCAGUCUUAGUUUGCUGUUAUUAACAAAAGGAGAUAGUGCAUGGCCAGGGCCCCUUCUGUUCUCUUACUGUAGAGCAGCCAUCGGAACAGUAACAAAGCACAAAUACUCUGGAAGCGAGUGUGUGGGAGUGGGGCACCUGUUUUGAGCCACAUGCUGGGAAGCCACCUCAGGGGCUGCCGUCCCUGCUGCACUGCAGGUGGGAGGAACGACUUCUGUACCCUGGGUUUUAAUUCAGCUGGUGUCUUCCAGCUCCUGCUCUGCGGGGAGCAAAUAGUAAGCUGUGGAAUGCUAGGGAAGCCACAGGCGUGUUUUACAGUGGUGACACCUUUGCUAGCACAUGACUGGGCAGCUGGCUUAGCCUACUUGGUGGCAACGCAGUAGCUGAUGGACGUUGUCAGUCUGCCCAGAGAAAGGACCGAAACUCUUUUAAACUCUCGUCUCCAACGUUUGGGUGUGUGUGAGUCUGCAUGUGUGUGUUUUGUGUCUCUGUGUAGGUAGAGAUGUUCAUUCAGUAUUCUGCCUGUUAAGAGUAACUUCUUGCCUCCCUGCCUCAUCACAGUUGUCAUUUUGUAAUGUCAUCCCCAUGUGGAGAAGACUUGAAAUCUCCGCUGGCACUUUUGUCUUUUUUAUUACCUCAUUCUCCAGUGAAGUCCAUCUGACCGGCUGACUCAGCAUCAGGCAGGCUCCCCCACCCUAUGAGACAUCCAGUGAAAGGCCAAACAAGCAAGCCUAAAUGAGUUUUAAAUUUUAAUUAAUCACCCUUUAUUUUUUACACUUGAGCGUGAUUGUAAUCAAGACUGUCAUGAAUAAACUUGGUUCUGUCUCA